AUGGAUGAAGGCGAAUCGACUCGUCCGACAAAUACCCCCGAAGAGUCGGGUGGCGCCGAUGAUAAUGCCCAGUCGGCCGCCAAAAACGCGGCCACGAAGGAUCGGAAAUGUCAGUAUUGCGAUCAGGCAUUUACUUCGUCUUCUUUAGGGCGCCACUUGGAUCAGUUCCUGUUCAAGAAGAAGCCAGAUGGAAUUCAUGAUGUGGAGGAAAUUCGGCGCAUUCGAAGCGGCAUCACCCGACGACAGGCUCGCACCUCGUCGGGGAAACGAGACACUCCUGAACGCACGACCGGCAAAGGGCACUUGGAUUCCUAUACCGGUGGUGAGUCAGGAGUGAAGCAAAGAGAUAGUGGGAUUCGGAUGAUGUUCAAUACUCCAACAUGGCAUGCGACCGGUGUGAUCAACGAUAUCCCCAACCCGACUCACCCGGAACCCUCGAGUUCUUCCCGAAUAAGCUCCGUCCAGCCCAGGGCAAGCUCCAUGCAUCUCCCAGAAUACGCAAGCAGGGGCGCUAGUAGCAGCAAUCCUGAUACUGUGAGGGCGUUGGAAUUGGCUUUGCAGGAAGUUCUCGACAACAUCAAGGCUGCUACGAUGCGUCCGCCGAUAUCCCCGUUCGAAUUUGACAUCCAGUCGCAAACGUUUCCUUCGCUCUGCUUGCAGUUGCUUCCGCCUCCGCCCAGCCUUUUCUCGACGAACCCAUUCCCUUCUCCAUCCUCCUUCCCUCUUCAACCUCCCGGCGUCGAGCAUGUUGACAUCAUUCGACAAGCUUUACGUGCCAAAAUUGAGCGAUGGCAAUCCGACCAGCUCGCUGCCGAUUCAAGCAGAAGCUCCCAGUCCGGCAGAGCCUGUGUUGGCUUGGAUUCAAACAUGAUCAAUCGCAGUGCGCAACAACAUGAAGAUAUCAGCUUGAGGCAUCUGGAGCUGGCAUUCAAACAUUGGGUGUCGCUUACUCCAGAUGCGCGGCAGGAAUCCUGGCAACUCGAGAUCACUCGCGCGUUCGCUCGGGAAAUGGAAAAACGCAAGUCGCUUGAUGACCAGUUGGCGCGGGUCCAGCAAGAGGCAAAUCAGCUCCGCGCGCAAGUCGAGCGGCUGGGAUCAUGUCAAUGGCCGCGAGAGUUUGCUCUCUUCCCGCCGGAUACGCUACCUCUCCCUCGAGAAGUUGCCCGGGAGUUAGACGCAAAAGAAAGUCAAAUCAGCCCUGGCUCGCCUCACUGGGACUACGACAACGUAGUUACCAAAUGGAAGCGUGUCGUCAUGCACGACAAGAGCAUGGGCCGGGUGGGCGUCGGAUACGCAAACCCCAUGAACGACGAUCACAACCCAACAGACAAGCACCGUGCCAGCGAUGAGCAGCCAGCAAAUCAACCUAAGCCAAGGUCUCUGCAGCCUCCCUCGGCAAUGAGCCCCCCAGGCGGUCCGUCGCCCUCUCAGACCGGUGGCGCAUCUGCGUCUCCCAACCAACACACCUCUCCCUACCACCAGCAUGACAGCAACCCAAGCCCCAGCACCGGCCCUCAGGUCAAACGGCCUCGCCUGAUGAACGGUCAUCACCCAGCGAACGCUACGGAGGGCGCCAGCUCAUCCAGCAACCAAGGGCCUAGCGGCUCUUCGACGAACUCAUGGAACCCCCAGCAGAACCUGAUGGUUUCUAAUCUUGCGGGCUCAUCGGGACCUACGCCUCCCUCUUCGAUUUCAGGCACAUGA